CACUCUCAGUUACUCACUCAACAAAUUACAAAUACAUAUUCUCUCUCCUUCUACAUAAUGAAGCAAUCUUCUUCUAUCUUAACAUAGGGGGAAAAAAAAAGAUAAGAGGAGUAUUGCUCUUUGGCUGAAACAGAUAUCUAUUUUGUUUCUGUUUUGAGCUAAAGAAAGUAAAAAAAUGACAGAGGUUUCUACAAAUGCUCUGUUUCCAGAGACAUUUCAGGGGACAGCAGCAGAUAUAGCAGGGCAAAUUGGGUUAAUGUGGGAAUUGAUUAAAGCUCCAUUAAUUGUUCCAUUAUUAAGGGCUGCUGUGUACAUUUGUUUAGCUAUGGAACUCAUGCUUUUCAUUGAAAGGCUUUAUAUGGGUAUAGUCAUUGUUCUUGUUAAACUCUUCAUGAAAAAACCAGAUAAAAGGUAUAAAUGGGAACCAAUGAGAGAUGAUUUGGAGAUUGGGAAUGAAGGUUUUCCUAUGGUUCUUGUUCAAAUCCCUAUGUUCAACGAAAAAGAGGUUUACAAGAUCUCCAUUGGAGCUGCAUGUAAUCUUUCAUGGCCAUCUGAUAGACUUAUCAUUCAAGUUCUUGAUGAUUCUACUGAUCAUCUCAUUAAGGAUUUGGUAGAGAAAGAAUGCUUAAGGUGGGCAAACAAAGGGAUUAACAUUAGGUACCAAAUUAGAGAGAACAGAGGAGGUUACAAAGCUGGAGCUCUUAAAGAAGGAUUAAAACGUGAUUAUGUUAAAGAUUGCGAAUACGUCGUCAUUUUCGACGCUGAUUUCCGGCCUGAACCGGAUUUUCUCCGGCGAGCUAUCCCUUUUCUUGUACAUAACUCGGAAAUUGCACUCGUUCAAGGUCGUUGGCGUUUUGUGAAUGCAAAUGAGUGCUUAUUAACGAGAAUGCAAGAGAUGUCAUUAGAUUACCAUUUCACUGUGGAGCAAGAAGUGGGUUCAUCUACUCAUGCAUUCUUUGGGUUCAAUGGAACAGGAGGGGUGUGGAGAAUAGCAGCAAUUAAUGAAGCUGGUGGAUGGAAAGACAGAACAACUGUAGAGGAUAUGGACCUUGCAGUUAGAGCUAGUCUUAAAGGCUGGAAGUUUCUUUAUCUUGGUGAUCUCCAGGUGAAAAGUGAACUACCUAGUACAUUCAAAGCCUUUCGUUUUCAGCAGCAUCGUUGGUCGUGUGGUCCCGCCAAUUUGUUCAGGAAAAUGGUGAUGGAGAUAGUUAGGAACAAGAGAGUGAACAUUUGGAAGAAGUUUUACGUGAUCUACAGCUUCUUCUUCGUCCGAAAGAUCAUAGCUCACAUGGUCACAUUUUUCUUUUUCUGUGUUGUUCUUCCGUUGAGCCUUUUAGUUCCUGAAGUUGAAAUCCCUACAUGGGGUGCCAUCUACAUCCCCUGCAUUAUCACCACAUUGAAUUCUGUUGGAACUCCAAGGUCAAUUCAUCUACUCUUCUACUGGAUUCUCUUUGAGAACGUGAUGGCUUUCCAACGAACCAAGGCUACAUUUAUCGGCUUGCUAGAAGCAAAAAGAGCUAAUGAAUGGGUUGUCACAGAGAAGUUAGGUGAUGCUCUCAAGAACAAAGAAAAAACAAAACAAACCAAGAAACCCCGAGGAUCUCUAUUUGGAGACAGGAUUCUUCCACAAGAAUUGGGAUUCGCAGUUUUCCUUUUCUUUUGUGGAUGCUAUGAUGUCCUCUAUGGGAAAAGCCAGUACUUCCUUUACAUCUUCCUCCAAGUCAUCACUUUCACAAUUGCUGGAUUUGGCUAUAUUGGCACCAUCGUCCCCUCGUAAUAGCAGAAACUUAAAAAAAAAAACGUCCUGUAUUGACUCGUGUACACUAAAAUAAAUGUUUGAGUGCUUUCGUGCAACCAUUUUCAGAGGAUGCCAAACUCAAAAUCUUUGGAGAAUUUUCUUAGAGAUACUGUGCUGAUAAAGAGGAACGAAGAUCAAAGAGAUAUCUGUAUCAGCACAGAACACAGAAGAAGAUAAAACAGAUGAAUUAGUGAAUAGAUAGAUUGUAUUUUUCUUCUAUUGAAGCUCUUUAGUUGUGUGACAUUGUAAUUCUUUAGCUUGCAAGUCAUUUUUCUAUCUGUUCUUCUUGUUCCCUUUGCCUUUGUCUUUCAAGAGGGGACAAAAACUCAGGAUAUUGCGAAAAGGACGAAACUUGUAAUCAAGUUUUUGUCAUUGUAGUUUCAUUCCUUUUCUUUUGAGGUUCAUUGUAUCAUUAAGAAUCCACAUAUAUGCAUAUAACAGGAGCUAGUAUUUUAUAUAA